UCAAUAUGGCCGCCUGCGUGGAAAAUCUCAGCUGAGCGUUCUGCAAAACUGUGAAAACUCACACAAAACUUGAAGAACUUUCCAAAAACUUCAGAGAAAUUACUUUUGUUAUGCUUAAAGACUGACAACCUGCACGAUGGAUGAAAGACACUGGUGGAUAGCUGGGAAAAUCCAAGAAAGUUUUAAAAUCGGCGGCUAUGACAACCCAACGUUGUUGGAGGAUUUUAUGUGUGAAGAAUCGACGCUCAACAAAAUAAAUAAGUUUCUUAGAGCCGGCGGACCCUGUAGAUUGUUUCUGUUUUGCGAAAGACCAGAAUCAGGCGUGUUGUCAACUAGAGAAUUACAUGUGACAGGAAAUCUUGCUUCGUUGAAAGAUGUCGAUCUUGACGGAGUCAAUAUUUUGUAUUUCUUACGAAAUAGCACCGAAAAAGAUGUCGAUGCAACACAUAUGGAGAGGGACAUAUUUUGUGGAGAACUCAAACACAAUGCAAUCGAAACACUUGGCUCUCUCCUGUCGGAUAUCUACAUUCCCUUGGUUAAAGCACAGAAAGACUGGGGCCAAACGACAGAGGAAAAUCAAUCAGGGCUUGUUCAUAGUAUGGACAAAUUCGUGACAGCCUUGAAUGAGACGGCAGCAUCAAUGCACACAUCAAAACAAUGGAUGUUGAAACAACCAGAGAAUGUUGUACUUAAUGACUUCAAACAACAGAGAGCCGCUGCGCUUGACCCCAUCAUAAUUGGUCAGUAUGAGGAACUGGUCACGGAAUGGAUGACGACCAUCGAGGCGAUACUGACUGACACAUCUGAUGAAAGGUUCCUGGACCCCAAUGCCGGCCCUAUGUCUGAACUCGAGCGCUGGAAGCGUCGACAGCGUCUGUUGACCAGUGUGACGGAACAGCUCAAGAGCAAGGAAUGUAAGGCUGUUAUUGGGGUUCUCAUCACCGCCAAGUCAAGGCUUCUCAAGAAGUGGAAAACAGUGGAUGCAAGUAUCACAGACGCAAUGAAUGACACCAAGGACAAAGUAAAAUACCUCGACUCCUUGCGCCGCUACUUUGAUCAGCUGUACACUGAAGCCACCCCCCAUUCCAUAAUGAACUCUGCCAUACCAGGGCUGACCAAUGGCAUCAAGCAGAUGGACUCCAUCUCCAGAUACUAUGGGAGGACAGGCUUUCUUGGUGUCAUUCUCACAAAGGUGACAAACCAGCUUGUCCUGGCCUGUAAGGAACACAUCAAGGGCUGCACCAUCAACAUGCUGGACGAUACUGAUGACCUGUGGCGUCGAGUGACAGAUGAGGUCCAGCAGAGAGACACACUGCCCACUACAGACCCCCAGCAGAGGCUUCUCCGUAGUCAGGUGGAGUCCAAACUCAGGGGUCCCCGUGGCAAGAGCAAAGAGCUGAAGGACAUCGGUGUGCAGGACAGCAGCCUGUUUGGACGUCUCCGUGCCUGCUUGAUGCUGCAGAGUUUUUAUAGAGAGGCUUUCCGCUCACUGCGCGACUCACUCGGAACUACCAACAACCUCUCUCACUUCUCAUCUGUCAGUAGUUUCGCUCAAGUCACAAGUCUUGUGGCCAGAACCAAACCAUCUGCCACAAGUGGUCUGUCUCGACUGGGUGGUGGUCCGAGCUACUCCCCCUCCAAGAGAACUGUCUCUCUGCUGAGCGACCACCUCAGUCAUGGCGUGCCCCUUGCGGAUGAGGAUGCCAUCAUGUGCCACAUGGACAACUUCUGCAGCAGGAUCAGGCAGUUUGUUGACGUCGUCAAUACCAUGUCACAGUUCACAAAGAUGAUGAAGACAGUGACUGGUGUGCCCCGCCCGAGGAAGGAAGACCUGGUGAUGGAGGAGGAAGUUGAGGAUGAAAGAUUCAAGUACAAGAAAGUUCGACAAGAACUGGCACUCAGUACACUUCAAGCAGUGGAUCCCGAUGAUGCAGCUGCCAAACUGACCAUUCAAGUCCCGUCACCCGACCGUGGUCAUCUGGGCAUCAUUGCAGAGGAUGAGGAAGUUGAUGAGGAGGAGGAGGAGGUGGAUGUGAAGGAGAAAGAGGAGGAGAAGGGGACUACUGGACAUGUGGCAGAUGAGAUAUUUGAUGUGGUCAAUACUAGGCUGGGGCUUUCAGGAGAUGAACUCACUGUGCUCAGACAAUACUACCCAGAGGAUGAGGAGGACGAAGGACCAAGUAUAGCUUACAUUGUAGAGGAGAACCUGGAGAAGAUGAGGACAGCCAUGAGUGAAAAUGUCACCACAAAGACCAUGUUAGAUGUGGAGUCCAAGGACAAGGACAAGUUUGAGGACCACUACUCCAGGUUCCAGGACAUUGUCAAGGACCUGGAGAGCUUCUUGGCAGCAUACCUUCAUGCUGUGUUCAUGAGGAAGAUGAAGACACAGCAGGGGCUGGAUGUCAUCACAAGAUUCUGGCCAGUUCAGAGCCGAUCUGGAGUCCGAGGGGUGAUCGCGGAGAAGUUUGUUGAGAUCUUCAACUGGUAUGAGACAGAUCUGGAGGAAGUACACAAGAUAUAUGAAAACAACAAGAACCACCCCCAGACUGUCCGCAACGCUCCGCCAUCUGCUGGCGCCAUCUACUGGUCACGGCAGCUGCUUAAGCGGAUAGAGGACCCCAUGAAGGUGUUCCGAGACAACAAGUCGGUGUCUCAGCUAUCAGACUUUGGGCGCAUUGUGAGGAUCUACAACCGACUGGCCACUGCCCUGGUCACAUUUGAGAGUCUGUGGUUCACCCAGUGGAAGAACCAGAUUGACCAGGCCCGGGCUGGUCUACGGGCCACUCUGUUUGUACAUCACCCCAUCAAUGGAGAAAUUGUUGUCAAUGCAGAUGAAAAAGUUCUGGAGCUGAUCCAUGAGGCCAAGUGGCUGACUCGGCUGGGCAUCCAGAUCCCGGAGUCAGCCCACAGCAUCAUGCAGCAGGAGGGCAGGUUCAAGAGCUACAAGAGUCACCUGGAGCUGGUGCUGGCCGACUACCGAGCUGUGUGCAGCUCCAUCCCCGACUCCCUCCGCCAGCUGUUUGUGCCACACAUGGAGCAUGUGAAGCAGCAGCUGCAGCCAGGACUCAGCACCCUUGCGUGGAACAGCAUGAACAUCGAUGCGUUCCUGCACCAGAUCCAUGCUGCGACCCUGAAACUGAAGACCUUGGGUGAGAAGGUCAAUGACUUGAUGGACACAAAGGUCACCGGCAUCAUCAGCACCAUCAAUGACUUCUACCUGUUUGACGUGGACAUGGCCUUCUCAAGGACAUGGCCACCGGAAGAGUUCCGCAGUGCCAUGCUAGACAGUAUUGAUGAGAGGUCCCAGCAGCUCCAGUGCUACGUGUCCACUGUGUUGGAGGGCCUGCAGAAUGUAGCCAACCUUCUCACCACACGCAAGGUGAAGGAAUAUAGUUUAAAUAUGAGAACCCUUGCCCUGGCCAAGGUGGCCAUCCAGUCCAAACUUCGGACAUUGAGAGCUAAGGCAGUCGACAAGAACUUGCAUAAGACUUCUGACCACAAGUCGGUCAAGGAAAGGAAGCUGACCUUGAUGGUGGACGAUGGUGAGGUGCAGAGAGAGAAACAGAAGGCCUUGGAGGAGGAGGCUCUAGUCAUAGAACUUAUAGGUUACUACAGAGACAAGGUGUUCAGGUCUGUCCUCACAGCCACAAGUAAAUCUCUGGCCAUGUUGGCCGAGGCGUCAGGCUGCACUGGAGAAGUAGUGCGGGCCCUGUCCCCCAUGUCGCAGUACUCCAGUGAUGGGGGACGGAGUCCCUCCCCCAGGCUGCACAGCGGUCAUCACACACCCAGGAGCCGAGCACUGUCUGCUGCCUCUGACCGGCCGAUCACCACUAUGUCCAUGCUGUCUAAUAUGUCCUGGAGUGGAGAAUCAGCCAGUGACAUCACACAUCUACAGUUCCAGGUUCUGAUCAAGUUCAGUAUCCCCAACAUCAUCGUGGAGCCCACACUGGACGUGGUGCAGAAGGCCAUCCAGGACGUGUCAUCGGCCAUCACAGACGCUAACAGUGACAUCGCGUGGCUGUGUACGACAUCGGAGGAGUCCUUCUACAACAUGGUGAUGAGGGAUGAGAUCAUCCAGGACCUGCAGGCUCAGCUCUCCAACGUCAUCGAUGAGAUGCAGACCCAGAUCAACAAACACCUGUUCCACUUCAGCUAUUACAACUUCCUGUGGAAAGACGACAUGCAUGGCAACUUCAACGAGUUCAUCUCGGCCGACCCCGGCAUGUUGGCCAUCAAGAGGGAGGUGGAGAGGUUCCUGUACGUUGAGAAGAAGGUCCUGGGGAUCCCCAACAGUCUGCCUAUAGGGCCAAUCUGUCUACAUACAGAUCCCAUCAAGGAUGCGUUACAUGGGUUUGCCAUGGCUUGGAAGACAAAGUUUGCUUCUGUGUUGCAUGAAGAGGCCAAGAAAAAGCUGGAUGCAGCUGUGAGUUACCGCCUGAACGUGAAGGGCAGACUGGAGAAUCAUGUGCAGAGUCUGGACCAGCUCAACAGUGCCCUCGUUCUCCUGGAGGAGCUGCGUGACAUGGAGAACAAGAUUGAUGGCAUCUACCUUCCCAUAGAGACCAUGUAUGCCAAACUAAGGGAGUUUGAGCUGAGGUUGCCGAGGGGUGAGGUUGAGGAGGUUGAUCAGCUCAGGAUCAAGUGGCAGGAGAUGGUGGAUUUGGCAGAUGAGGUGCGAGAAGUCCUGCUCAAAGAGAGAGGUGGAGCCUUCGAGCAGGAGCUGGACAAGCAGGUCAAGACCUUCGUCGUGGAAGUGAUCCAGUUCCGCAAUGCAUUUGACGCACAGGGUCCUGCAGUGCCGGGGAUCCCUCCCUCAGAGGCCGUGUCUCGUCUCCAGGACUUCCAGCACAGAUACACUCAGUAUGAUGCUAAACGCAGGACUCUUGACUCCGUGUCCAAGCUGUUUGGAAUUGCUUGUAAACCGUUCCCCGAGCUGGACCGCACCGGAGAGGAACUGGAUUUGCUGAGUCAGCUGUAUGGACUCUUCCAGAAGUUCAUCCGCUUCGACAACAAGUUCCAGGACACACUCUGGGCAGAGGCAGAUCUGGAAGCAGCUUCCCAUGAGGUGGAGCUGUACUGGGACGAGUGUCUUGCCCUACCCAGCAAGCUGAAGGACUGGGAUGCGUACAAUGACCUCAAGACACAGCUCCAGACAUACCUCGAGGUCUUCCCUCUGCUGCACAACCUCGCAUCAAAGGCACAAAAUAAGUAUGGCUUGCCAGAAAUCCGGAACCGCCACUGGCUGCAGGUGAUGCAGGUGACAGGAAGCACCUUCCAGCUGGAGGCCAAUGUCUUCAAGCUGACCCACCUGCUUGAUAUCGGACUUAUCAAACACAAGACAGAGAUCGAGGAGAUCUGUCGAGGAGCCUGUCGGGAACUGGAACUGGAGAUCAAGAUGAGGAUGACGGAGGAAGAGUGGACCGAGCAGGUACUCAACUUCGAGCACUACAAGAAGCGUGGCCCCAUGUACCUGGACAAGGCCUUCACGGAGCGUCUGCUGGAGCAGCUGGAGGAUGCUCAGGCCCUGCUGGCCAGCAUGUUGACCUCCAGGUAUAUCGGCCCGCUGCGGGAUGAGGCUGCAUCCUGGGCUGAGAAGCUGAAGGAGGUGGCCCAGGUGCUGGAGUUGUGGCUGGAGGUGCAGGACUUGUGGCAGUACCUGGAGGCAGUCUUCAGUAAUGCCAUAGCCGUCAGGGAGCUGCCUCAGGAGGCCAAAAGAUUUGCCCGAAUCGACAAGGGCUGGACCAAGAUGAUGAAGAGAGCUUUCGACACCAGGAAUGUCCUGCAGUGUUGUUAUGGUGGAGAGGUGCCUAAAGCUGUUGUGCUGCGUCACAUCCACGAGGAGCUGGAGAUCUGCUUCAAGUCUCUUGUUGGUUACCUGGACAACAAACGCAGGACAUUCCCUCGCUUCUACUUCGUGUCAGACCCCAUCCUGCUGGCAAUGUUGAGCCGACCGAAUGACUUGGACUCUGUCAGACCUCAUCUCAAAUCGAUCUUCAGUCAGAUUCAUGAUGUCCGGCUGGAGAAGGGGCAGGAAGAUGUGGUAGAGGAAGAUGGGGAGGAGACAUACAGCGGAGGGGGUGGCACCACGGGGAGAAGGACCCCUCAUGACCGCUCCCGCUCCACCACGUCCCCACACAGGUCCAACACCCCACCCAAGAUUGACAAACGUCUCACUCAGAUCUAUGACAAGGGACAGGUCCCGAGCAAGGGCAGGGUCAACGAGAGGCCGUCACGCCAUGACAGGAAGAAGGUAGCCCAGGUCCCCUCAGGAGGGAGACCGUCGGGCUGCCGCCAGAGAUCUCGGGAGUCAUAUAAUCGUACUUCCAGAUCCAGUUUUAGUUUGAACCCCAGCUUGUCCCAGCAUGUGCCAACGAUGUUGCCUUCUGAAGGUCUGGUGGAUGACGUCAUCGUCAUGGAUGCUGUGGCUGUGCAGAGUGCCGAUGGGGAGACUCUCACUCUCACUGAUAAGGUGACACUGAGUGAUGGUGUGGAGGUGUGGCUGGGCAAGCUGCGGGACUCGGUGGGGAAGACUCUACAUGAAAUGAACACCAGUGUCAUCCAGGACUGCAACAACAGCGUCGUUCUUGAUGAGUUUGCUUCCAAGUACCCGUCCCAAGUGUGUCGCAUGGGCAUGUUGUAUCACUGGACCCGCGAGUGUGAGCAGGGUAUAGCGGAGGUCAAGUAUGACCGCAAGGCACUGCAGGGGACACUGAGGAAGUAUGUGGCCACCACAGGCAAACUGUCCUCUGUCCUUGUCCGCGGAGCCUGGAGGACCAUCGAUGACCCCAUGUUACCUGUGCAUAAAGGACGUCUGGAGAGUAUGAUUGCACAAUCUCUCUUCCUGCGGGACAUCUUGGAGAACAUGUGUUCUAGAAAGCUGCGUGAGCCGACUGACUUUGAGUGGAGGAGAAGUAUACGAUGCUACAUGCAACCGAUUGAGGAGAAGCUGGAGCCCCUGAUUUGGAUCCUGGACAACUCCUAUCAGUAUGGCAAUGAAUUCCAUGGAACCAAUGUGGGUGUGGCCUUGACCCCUGUGACAGAACGCUGCUUCUUGACCAUGUCCCAGGCCCUGAACCAGAGCCAGGGAACAUGUAUAACAGGACCAGUUGGUGUGGGCAAGACGGAGACAGUGAAGGGCCUGGCUAACAUCCUGGGCACCUUCCUGGGACUGUUCCACUGCUCAACACACUUCGACCCUAACAGUAUUGGAAAGAUUACACAAGGAAUAGCCAUGGAUGGUUGCUGGGGAUGUUUCGAUGAAGCCCAGAGUCUGAACCGUGAAGCCAUGGCCGUGCUGCUGGACCAUGUCCAGUGUGUACUGCAGGCCCUCAAGGCCAGACUCCCCUUCACUUCACUGCUGGACGGACAAGAGAUUCCUGUGAGGAGGACUGUGGGUGUGUUCAUGACUGUCAACCCUGGCUCUCAGUCUCCGGCCAACUCUAUACCUCACGAUGUACGCGCUUCCUUCCGUACUGUCGCGCUCAUCAAACCUGACUCAGGCCAGAUCCUGAAGGCUAAGUGUUCUGCUAUGGGAUUCCGGGGACCAGGAAUCCUGGCUUCCAGACUCAAGGUUCUCACAGAGCUUGUCAAAGAUCAGCUACCCAGUCAGUUCCACCACCACUUCACCAUCUCGGCACUCGUGGGUGUGUUGAAGCGGGCCAUGCAGAAGCGCAAGUUCAUCCGGGAGGAGAAGACGGCAGACAGACUGGACAAGAAGGAUGAGACCUCGAGGUCAGAGAGUCAGGCAUCAGAGGCGACCUCAAUCAGACCUCUCUUGAUGCCAGCUGCAAACACGAAUGUGUCCCCAAGUACGGCUAAGAUGGCUGGUGGGCUGGGCCCAAGGAAGGGGGGAACGCCCAACCCCUUGACGUCGGCCGGGAAACAGGAGCACAGCAUGGUGUGUCAGACCCUGGAGGAGAUCAUCGGACCCAGGCUCACCGCAGAGAACAUGGCAUUGUUUAAAACGAUUGUGAAGGACUGUUUCGCGGGUCUCCCCGAUGCUCCUCUCGGUCAGACCAUUGGCUCGGCCAGGUCUCGUGGGAUUGACAUAGAGUCUGCUCUGGACAACAAGGCAAUGGAUGCUGGCCUCAUUGCACACAAACCCUGGAUCAACAAGUGCAGCCAGCUCUACAGCCUCUCACAGGCCUACCCAGGUAUCAUCGUAGCAGGUCCCCCAGGCAGUGGCAAGUCCACCUGCAUCCAGACCCUAGUGGAUGCUUUGUGUGUGACACCGCGAGGCAUGUCUCGGAGCUCCCACACCAGCAAGAGUUCUGCUCCUGGAGACACCAUACACAAGCUGCUGCGUAUCAACCCUCUGGUGGUGGAUGACGGCUCUAUCAUGUUCGGCUCCCUCAACCAGAACCAUGACUGGGUGGAUGGAAUCUUCACCACAGCCUGCAGGAAGGCCAAUAGGAACAUCAGUACCACAUGGCUCUGUCUGGAUGGACCACUCAACUCUGGCUGGGCCGACAACUUUAACAGCAUCCUCUCCGGCGACAGGGUGCUGCAUCUGAAGAAUGGAGACAAGUUGUUCCUGUCUGAAAAUGUCAUCCUUCUGUUUGAGACAGAUGACCUCAACAUUGCCUCUCCAGCCACCGUUGCCAGAUCUGGCAUCUUGUAUCUGGACCGGGAUGUUGUUGGCUGGAAGCCCAUCGCCAAGGCAUGGCUGGAGAGCAGGACCCAGCAGGAGGUUCAUAAUAAGGUGCUGCAACGAGCCUUCCAGAAGUCUCUCGACCCCAUCUCCCAGUUUGUCCUACAUGAAGCCAAACCUCAAGUGCGACUGUGUGAAGUUGGAAUGUUCAAGACGUGCCUGGCCCUGCUGUCAGCGAUGUUGGCAGAUAACAUCGAGAUCGGGGGAGAACUACACAUUGAGCGACUCUAUCUGUUUUGUCUCAUCUGGACGUACGGCGGUCUGCUUGACCAGCAUGACCGCAAGGCCUUCAGUGACCUUCUCAAGACUCUCUCCACAGCCCUGCCUGAUGAUGACCGGGACAUCUGUGUGUUCGACUACUACGUGGAUGAGUCAGGAGAGUGGGACCCAUGGCAUUCCAGAGUUCCUGAGUCUUCAUAUGCAGACAACCAGGAUAUGCUGGGGGAGAUGUUUGUCGACACUGUCGAUACGAUGCGCACACGCAUCCUGAUGGAGUUCGCAGCAGCAUCCGGUCAGAAUGUCCUCCUAGUGGGGCCUCAUGGAUCAGGGAAGACAACUCUCAUCAACUCAUUUAUAGAUGUUCAAGAUGCACAGCUGUCCAUCUGCAAGAGACUCGUGUUCUCAGGUGCAUCUACGGCCAAACAGCUGCAGCAGUUUGUGGAGGCCAACAUCUACCACAGACAAGGAUUUGUCUAUGGAGCCAAGGAGAACAAGAAGCUGAAGGUGUUCAUCGAUGACGUCAACUUACCUCUGCCAGAUGAACAUGGGGUACAGAGGUGUAAUGAGCUCCUCCGACAGCUGCUAGACCAGCGCAUCUUGUGCACACUACAGAAACCCUUUGAGUGGAAGACAGUGGAGGGGCUGACUGUCACCUCCGCCAUGGCUCUCAGCGACUACCCCGGGGUUGGCAACAGGGCCAUCUCAGAGAGACUGCUGAGACACUUUGCUGUGUUUAACCUUCCUGCACCAAUGGAGGAAAGCCUCAAGACUGUUGUCAAUGGCAUAUUGGAGGCCAAUAUGACUCAUCAAGAUGCCCCUGGCCUUGAAAUUGACCUUCACAGCAGCCUUGUCCAUGCUUCAUGUGACCUCCUGACCUCACUGCAAAGUGUGUUGCGACCUACACCAAUGCCUGGCAGAUACCACUACCUCUUUACCCUCAAGGACCUCACUAAGUGCUUCCAGUGUCUGAAGCGGCUGCCGGAUGAGAGCAGGGCUGAUGAGAGCAUGGUGGUGUCGCUAUGGAGACACGAGAUCCAGCGCAUCAUGAAGGACCGCAUCAGUCGCACAGCCGACAAGAACUGGUUCGAUGACACACUGGAGAAGUCUAUUCAGGAGACUUGGCCUAAGCUGGAAGGACCACUUCAUGAACACUUUGUGACGUUCCCAGUUGAUGCCCGGAUGUAUCAGAGACCGGUCACAUCUCUUGGGACAAAGCAGAUUAAGGUAAUGCUGCAACCAAUAGAGAACCUGCGAGACCUGCACAGUUGCCUCAACACCCAUCUGACCCGCUACAACGAGGAGUUCGGCAACGUCAGACUCAACAUCAUGCUGUCUGACUUCAUCAUCUCCCACGUUGUCAGGAUGCAUCGAGUCAUCAGCUUCCGUCAUGGUGGGAAUCUGCUGCUGAUCGGAGCUGUGGGCUCUCACCUGGCCACACUGUGUCGCCUGGCCCUGCAUGUAGCUGACAUCCCUAUACACAAGGUGGACACGGCCAAACAGAGCAACUUCUUUGAUGGUCUCCGCUCUGCCAUCCGACUCAGUGGAUCCGAGGGCAAGAUCAUCACACUGAUGUUUACUUCGCGUGACCUGGCUGACCCAGUGUACCUGGACGCUAUCAACAGUCUCCUGGUCAGUGGGGAGUACCCUCACCUCUUCUCUAAUGAUGAAAUGGAUGGACUACUACAGGCUAUCCACCCUGCCAUGAAGCGUGAGUUCCCCAGUAUGUCCGUGGACCCCAUGAAGUUCUUUGUGUCGAGGGUGAAGAGCAACCUCCACAUCAUCAUCUGUCUGCCCCCAGGACAUCCUCUCAUCAGGAACGCAUCACACCAGUACCCUGGUCUGCUGAGUGGCUGUCAGAUCAACUGGAUGUGUGACUGGCCGCAGGAGUCCCUGCUAGGAGAUGCUAACUACUUCAUCACCAAACACAGACUGACUGAAGAGUUCGAGGACCUGAGCGACAACGUGACAACCUGCCUGGCCAACAUCCACAGCUUUGUGCUGCGAGACUGUAAGCAGAUGCCGUGGGCCGGGGAGCUGAGUCCCGAGAUCAGCCUUAACACUGUGAAGGUCACAGAGAAGAAGAAGGACCAGCUGAAGGUGACGACCAUCAAGGUGCCCAACCUGCCGUACUCCAAAACCAUCCUGCACGAGAGAAUCAAACUGCAGCAUCGUGACACAAGUGUCCCUGCAAAGAAUGAGGUGUUCUUGGGCCCCACGACAUACCGGCGGUUCAUGGAUUGCUUCCGCUACCUCUACACCCACAAGGCCACAGACAGGACGGAGGUGGUGGAGAAACUCAAGAAGCUGCUGUCCACACUUGACCAGACCCGAUCUGAUGCCAAGAAGAUGAAGAAGGCCAUCAAGACAAAGACCAGCCAGUUUGAGGAGGCCAAGAAGGUGACUGCUGACCUUCUCAACCAACUCACAUACAAGGCCACGACCCUGGAGAAGCUCAAGGCCAAGGUCGGUCUCAGCAAGUCUUUAGAUGCAUACCUUCAUCUGAAUGAAUUUGAGGAAGAGGAAGAGGAAGAAGAUGAACUUCUCAAGCAAGAAGAGUGGGAUGACUAUGAUGUGGAGUUUGACAAGAUGCGAGAGGCGACCCUGAAGACGAGGCAGGUGCAGGCCAAGGAUGAGUAUGGCCAGGCCCAGAAGACCCUGGAGGAGUGUCGACGCAGCCUGGAGGACUCUCGGCAACAGGUGGUAUACUGGAAGUCUAAGGUUGACCGGCAGUGUAUUGAACGUCUGAGGGCGUUCGCCAACCCACCAACGCUGGUGGGCCAGGUGAUGGAGAUGGUGAUGAUGCUGAUCGGGAAGCGGCUGCCGUCACAGAGGAUACUGGACCUGUCCCCAAUGAAGGAGGACAUGUCCAGCAGGAUGUCCUCUAGCUCCUCCAGCACCAAGUUCAUCAUCAAGAAGUCGGCUGAAGUUCCUAUUCCUAAGAAGCCAUCAACAGCUGCCAAAAUAAAGGAUGGGGAAAGGUUUGACAAGACACAGUGGAAGCAGAUGCAGCUGACGAUGAACGACUCCCCCAAGUUUGUGGACAUGCUGCACAAUGUGUCCUGGGAGGAUGGGCUGCCUGAAGAUGUGCUGACUGCUGUUGAGAGUUACCUGGCUGUCAGCAAGGAAGGUCAGCUAGGGGUCACAGGGGAAGGAACUCUGCUCGACAAUGCUGCAGAGAAGACCUUCUUAGCUGUGAAGAGGACACCAUCCCCUGACGGCACUAAAGGUAUCACCAUCGCCGGUGCCAAGUAUUCCAGUGAAGACUGCGCCACCCUGGUCCAGUACACCAUCGCCAUUGUUGAGUACACACGCCUCUGUGGGCCGCUCAAGGCUUCAAUGGAGAAGCUGAGUGAACUGGAACGGGAGAUUGAAGAGAACGAGAGACUGCAGCGGCAGCAGGAGGAAGAAGCAAGGAUUAGAAGAGAGCUGGCCAGCCAGCCGGACAAGGAUGCUCAGGAGAUAUCCUCCGAGCCGGAUGAGGAUCUGACAGCGGAGGACUUGCCCCGGGUCCAGGAGGUGGUCAACAAGCUUCAGACUCAGUUUGACCUGGCCGUUGUCCAGAAACAUUCACUAGAGAUGGAGCUGCAGUCGAUGAAUGAGAGGCUGAAGGCGGCUGUAGAGAUGGUGGAGAGUAUGAGGACCCAGGAGUCCAUGUGGAGAAAACAUGUGAAUGAAAACGACUGUAAUGAGCUGUUGCUGGCUAACUGUGUCACUGCUGCCGCCUUCCUCACAUACGGCGGAGCUGUUAACAUCGACACCAGGAAGCGGAUGGGAGAGUUCUUCAUGCAGGUCUGUGAGCACCAUGGUCUGCCUCUACAUCGCAAGCUGCUCUUCAGGAACAUGGAGCUCAUCGAGUUCCUCUACACGCCUCUUGAAGUGAUGCACCUGGAGAUGAUUGGGCUGCCGACAACGCGCCUCGUGUUGGAAAACGCGUGUUUCCUGAUGCAGGAGAAGAGUACCACUGCCUGGCCCCUCAUCUGCGACCCCACGUCCCGUGUCCUGGACUGGCUGCAGCUGUACUUCACAGACAAGGAGCUGGUGGAGGUCAAAUACCAUGAGAUGAGGUCCCAGCUGGAGAACUGCCUGGCGGACGGCACGCCGCUGCUGGUCACUGACUGCAACAUGGUGGAGCUGGCCCGGGACCAGCGAUUCCGGGACACCAUCCAGUCCAGCUCCAACUUCAUCAACGGCAAGUCCAGGUUCAAGGUGAUUGUGGAGGACCAUGAGGUGGAGUGUGACCCCCACUUCCGCCUGUUCCUGCACACGACGGUGGAGCCCCACCAGGUGCCCCAGCAGCUGGCCGCCUACACCAGCGUCAUGUACUUCCAGCAGUGCCGCCAGUGUGUGGAGGAGGAGCUCCUGGAUGUCUUCAUGGCCCACGAGAAGUCACGGCUGGAGAACGAGAGGACUGCCCUCAGACAGGAGAAGCUGGAGAACAUGGAACAGCUACACCGGCUGGAGCAGCAGAUGCGCAACCAGCUGUCUUCAGACAUACGCCUCAUGAAUGACCUCCAGGCCACCAAGAGACUGGCCGACCUCAAGAAGCUGUAUGACGAAACCCUGGAGAGCCAAGGCCGUGUGCAGAUGGGUGAGGACUCUAUCCUGAAGGCCCGAGAAGGGUAUCGGUCUAUUGCACAGCGAGCUGCUGUGUGUUUCGACACUGCCCAGUACAUGAGGGAGGUGAACCCUCUCUACCAGAUCUCCUUCAAGCAGUAUCUGGCUCUGUAUGAAGCCGCCAUCAGCCACUCUGAGAGGUCUGCUGUGAAGGCUGUGAUAGAAAAGCUGACGUACAGCGCCUACACCACCACCGCCCGAGCACUGCUGGAGAGAGACAGGCAGAUCUUUGCCCUGCUGCUUGCUGUGGAGGUUGAGGAGUCACACAACCAGAUGGGUCCCGGGGAGCGUGAGUUCGUCAUCUCCCCCAACUACAGCUCGGUUGUCAUGUCCUCUCUGGGCUACUCCCAGGAGACCAACAGCCGCAUCGUGUCCGCCAAGAAACCUUUCGAUUGGAUGACCGACGAGCAGUUCCACAACCUGCAGGUACUGGCAACGCACUUUGAGUGGUUCCAGGAAAUGUUUGACCGUAUGCCGAAGGAUGGACGUGAGACCCAGUGGAGGAACCUGUGUGAGAGCGACAUCCCGGAGAACGUAGCCCUGCCGGACAAGAUGGACGAGGUGUACAAGCCCAUGCAGAGGCUGUGUGUGAUCCGGGCAGUCCGCAGCGACAGGAUCCUCCAGGCCUCCACGCUGUUCGUCAACCAGGUCCUCGGCAAGAAAUACUAUGGUGAUGUCCCUUUUGACUUCCCCACCAUGCUGAGACAGAGCAGCCCGUCGAUGGCACUCAUUCUGCUGUUUACAUCUGAGUCGGAGACGGCCUGCAAGUUGUUCACAGACUUUGCUGUGAGGAAGCAGAGUCUCUACGAGGUGGUGACCCUCACAGACAACAACCCUGCAGUGGAGAGGACGGUCAAGAAACAUAUCCAGAAGGGCAUGGCCGAGGGAUCCUGGGUGCUGCUGCACAACGCCCACAACUCCCCCCACCUGCUCAACGCCAUCGAGACCAUGCUGCUGGAGACGGCUGCAGCUCAAGCCGACUCCCAGUUCCGACUGUGGAUCUCCGCACAGACAAACAACUCCAUGCUCCCUGUCCGACUCAUCCAGAACUCGGUCAAGGUCGUCAUCGACACACCCAAGGUGAUGAAGGACAGUCUGGUACGGUCGUUCACGUGGAUGGAGCCGGACAUCUUGAAGCAGUCCAACCGGCCAGAGUGGCCUGCUGUGCUACACAACCUGUGCUACCUCCAUGCUGCUGUCCAGCUCAGGGCCAGGUUCGGUCAAGGAGGGUGGAAUGCACCCCAGGAUCUGGCCAAUGUCGGCUUUGGAGAACUGCAGGAGGCACUAAACUUUGCUACUGGAGAGUUCAAGGAUCCGCUGUUUGUUCUGGGGCCAGAUGGCGUCCCCACACAGAGGAUGACGUCCUGGACUGGCAUCAGGUUCAUCCUGGCCGAGGUGGUGUACGGCAACUAUGUGACGGACAGCUUCGACCAGCAGAGUCUCAGUGCUAUGGUGGACUACUGGGUGUCCCCUACUUCAGUCAAGAAGGACUUCGAGGUUGCCAGAUUGAAGUAUCGCCAGCCGACGAUGUUCUUCAACCCCAAUGUGAGACUGAACUCCCUGAUCCAGGCUCUGGACGGCCUCAACUACCACUUCCUGGACACCCCCGAGGGCUGCCAUCUCCACCCCAACAUCGAGGAUGACAGCUGUCUGACUCUGCUGGGGGAUGACCAGUACGUCUUCACUCGUCUCAACAAGGUGUUUGAUUCCAUGCCGUCCACGCCGACGCUGUCACACAAGUUGUUCCCCCGGCCUCCCAGCCCCUUCCUGGGUCCUGCUCUGGCUGGUGUGAGUGUACAGAGCAACCACCCUGCCAUCGUGGACCAGGGUGUGUUCUCCACGGCCAGUUACGCCACCUUCAAGAUGAGGAAGGAUGUGGAACUGUGGGAGAUCUGUCACACCAUGCACUCCAAGGUGCCGAAGGCCUACAACAAGGAGUACAUCAUAGAGAGAGUGAAGAAGAUCGGCGGCUUCACGACGUUCAACAACUUCAUCAUGCGAGAGCUGGAGACCAUGUACAAGUUGCUGACGGAGAUCAAGGCCACGCUGCUGGCCAUCAAGAUGGCAACUGAGGCGAGUAUCCUAGGUGACCAGAUAACUGAGAGUCUGCUGUCUAUAGCCGACGAUCUGUUCCACAUGCGCAUCCCCCGGGCUUGGUGUCAGCUAGCUGGCUUCUCGGCCCCGCCCCUCACCUGGGGAUUGGGCCAGUGGCUCCUGGAGCUCCAGAACAGAUGUCAUCACUUCGAGAGGAUCCUGUCACUGGGUCGGGAGAAGAUGCCGGCCUACUGGCUGGGAGCGUUCUUCAACCCCCGGGGACUUCUGGCUCUGCUCAAACAGGAGAGCAUGAAGCAGUUCUCUGCCGACAGAUCAGGAAACUUCGAGCAGUUCACCUUCCAGACAGAAGUCACUUCCAGGGACAAGGAUCACCUGCGGGACCCACCUCAGGAGGGGAUGUUCGUGUUUGGCAUCUACGUAUGGGGAUGUGCGUGGGAGAAGACGACAGGGGAGCUACAGGACACGCCCCCCAGGACCGGCUGUGCCUCCCUCCCCGUGGUGCAUGUCACCUGCUGGCCGGUCAACGAGAAGCCGAUUCUACAGGACUCCACCCGCGCCUCUGAAACCUACCAGUGUCCAGUGUACCACUCACGCAUCGCUAGUCGGGAACCGGUCAUGGAGAUGGACGUCCGAAGGGAGGGGAUUCAGGCCACCCGCUGGGCCUUCCGGGGACUGUCCGCGACCCUACGCCCAUACUAGACCAGUACAGACCCUAGACCAGGGUUCAACACUGUGCAGACUGUGUGCUGUAGUGUCAGCAGAUCUCACAGGAUGAAGUGGAGUUGAGCAUUUUCCAAAAUUAAACAUGCAGCUAUUUAACCAGUGGGAACUGUGUUUUUCGGAAAUUGUCAAAAACUGUCCAAAUGAUCGCUGGUGAAAUGUCUCACUUGUGUUAUGUGAUGUAUGAAGAAAUCACGUCAUUCCAACAUACAGUCUCGUGUGUAAAUUGUGAUAUUUGAAUAUUAGGUUUAUUCAUGAAAUCUCAUGAAAUAUUGCAAUAUUGUAUUGUCCUGUAUCAAUAUACACAACCUUUCAUUGUGGACCCAUGUAGCACUCAGUCGUGUAGCUACCGACACCUGGGUAAGGAUUGCCCAAUGUUUCGGUUAACGUCUGACGUCUGAUGUCAGGGAUCACUGCAGGCCUCCUUGUACAUUGUAACAUCUGUCCAUCCAUGUCACAGUAGAACGUGUAUGGAAAUUAUCAGAAAGUUGCUGAAGUGACAGCUGAUUGCUUGAGGCCAACAUUUCAGUAUUUAGGGAUGUGAAUUAACCCUGUGUUGCCAAAAUUCUACACAUCAAAAUAUGAAAUCAACAGCAUUAUAUGUAUAUAUAGCAAUUGUCGCAUUGUUUGAAUGAAGUAUUUUUGUAAAUAUUGGACCCUGAUUCUACAUGCAGAUUCUAAAUGUGUGCAUUAUCUGUAAAUAUUUCUCUUGAUCCAUGCAUUCAACAUACCGUAUUUGACAUAAUAAGCGCCUAGGGCGCUCUCAAAAUUAGAAAUAGGGGGCUCUUAUUAGAAUAUUAUUUUGGUGAGAAACAACAGAAUUUAAUUUCCAAUAAUUAAGGAUGCAUAUAACACACGUAUUAUACAUGAAUAAAUACGUCCUUUAGUACAUUGAUAAAUUGGAAGGUUAAUUGGGAUUGUUCACUAGCCAAUAUAUUAGCAAAUAUCGCCGUGGGCGCUUAUUACGUCAAAUACGGUAACUUUAUUUGAGGCCCAGACUUGACACUCGCCCACAAUACAUACGCUUAAGAAUAGAAGUCAAUUCAGUGCCAUGUGCUGAUGAAGCAAGUUUUUCAGCAGUGCACUUUUGCCUCUAACAAAGAAUGAUAUGCACAGGAAUAUGCCCACAUACCAUGUAAAGUGUUCUUAUAUUGUUUACAAAACCAAAAUAAUCUAUUUGCAGCAUUAUUUGUAAUUAUAUACAGUCACUACGACCAAGUGUUGCGUGAGGAUGAUCUGUGAUAUAGCCCUGCCUCCCUCCCUCCAGCUGGUCGUCCAGUCCUUCUGUUGUACAUGCUCCUAUUGUUUCCAGUAUUAGAGAUGUGUGUGCUGAUUGUGCGUCCUAUUGGAUAGCAUACCCUGUUGGUCAUGCUAUUAUACAGUUUUAUUGUUAUAUUAUUUAUUUCAUAUCAUCAUCCAUUGUUGAUCACAACACAGAAAUGUGAUUCAUGUCAACCAAGUUGAAUAAACCAUUCCAGCUGACGAUGCAGUUUGUCGGUAUGUCUGCA